AUGCCAUAUAACUAUCCUAAGACGAUCCCCGAGUUCGUAAUGGUGGCAAUGCGUCCGGAUUUGAUCGUCUAUGGGUGGAAGCUAUGCCGCGCGACUACCUUACGCGCGCUCCGAAAUGCUUGCUUACGAAAAUUGAAUGAAAAUAGUUUGCUGGAUGAGCGAGGUGUCUCUUUGAGUCAAGUUUAUCCAGCAGCACUGCUCAAUUAUUUGAAUGAACUGAAGACGCAAGGAAAGGAAGAGUUUGAGAAGACGUGUACGACAUUGUCCGUAUUACUGCAACAAAACAUGGCUCCCUGCCGA